UUAAAAAAUGAGGUUAUGUUUAGAACGUGAUCCAUUAUUAGCGGCAUCGUGGCGUUUUGAUAGAAAUAAUAUAUAAAAAUGGUUAUAAAAACAAAAAUAUCUAAAUCAAAAAAGGAUAAUCAAAAGAAAAACAAACUUGUAAAGCAAGGAUUGAUAAAGAAAAAUAAGCGAAAGAAGCAAGUUGUAUGUUUAACCCAUAACAAAAAUGUACAACAUGAAGAGAAUUCAGAAGAAAGUGAUAAUGGAGAAGAUAUGUUACAAAUGGUAGACAAGGACGAUAUAGAUUUCCUUAAACAAGCAAUUUCAAAUCGUUCUUACAGAAUAUUUAAUAAAGUUCGAUAUGCAGAAUCAUCUGUUAACAAAUCAAAAAAACCAAAACUAAAUGAAGAUGAUACUUUAGAAAAUAAUUAUGAGGAACAAUUCGCAGAAAGUAAUAAUAAAAGUCAAAAAAUAAAAAAUUUGUUACCCAUUAAGACUAAAACUGGUGUGAUUCCUCAGCAAAUUUUUGAAGAAAUAAAUGAUAAAGAAGAAACGUCAGAAAUUGAAGAUAAUGAAAAAGAUAGUGAACAAACUGAAUUAGAAGUUCCUGAAGAAUAUACUUUGGAAGAUUCAAGAGUAGAUCUUUCAAAACCGAUAUCUGCAGCUCAAUUGUUAGCUGUAAGAAAUGAAGUGCUAAGGCAGAAAAAAAUACACAUUGGCACUCUUAGCUCUGGAUUACUAGAAAAUCCUGAAGAGAAAAUUAUGAAUUUAAAAACUUUGCUCGAUAUCAUGGAUGAUGAAACACCAGAAGUAUAUCUGACUAUCCGUAAACUUGUUACAGUUUCUUUGUUAGAAGUAUUCAAAGAUAUUUUACCAUCAUAUGAAAUUAAGCAUACUAAUAAUGAAGGAAUUAAGUUAAAAAAGGACACUUUAAAGUUACAGAAAUUUGAAAAUAACCUUUUAUUGUACUAUAAAAAGUUUUUGCAAAAACUGGAAAAAUAUUGUUUUCAGUUGAUUAAAAAGAAAGGGGAUUCUAGGAAAAGAACAGAAGAAGAAACUAAACUGAGUGUUUUAGCAGUUCAAGCCAUGUGUGAACUGUUAGUUGCACAUCCAUAUUUUAAUUUUUCACAAAAUAUAGCCCAAGCUGUGGUGCCUUUCUUAAACAGUCAUAAUAAAAUAGUUAGAGAAGCUGUUAAGUCAAGUAUAAAAACUGUUAUGAAAGAGGAUAAAAAGGAAGAAAUAACUUUAAAGUUGUUAAGAAUUAUUAACAAUUAUCUGAAAAAUCAUAAUCAUAUAUAUCCUGACAUGUUAGAAGUCCUACUUAUUUUGAACUUAAAAGAUGUAAAUUUAGAUAAAGAAAAAGAACAAGACAUUAAACAGAAAAAGUUAUUAGCUCACAAGUCCAGAAUACUGCAGAUGUCAAAGAAAGAAAGGAAGCGAACAAAAAAGUUGAAAGAGGUAGAAAAAGAGUUGUUGGAAACCAAAGCAGAAGAAAACAAACAAGCAAAACAUAAAAAUUUAACAGAAAUUACAAAAAUUGUUUUCAAUAUCUAUUUUAGGAUUUUAAAAAAUUCCAACAACACCAAAGUCCUUGGUGUUUGUUUAGAAGGAUUGGCAAAGUAUGCACACUGCAUUAACUUAGAUUUUUAUAUGGAUUUAGUUAAUGUUCUUGACAACCUUCUAAAAGAGGACUGGCUGGGUUAUAGAGAACAACUGCACUGCAUUCAAACAGUUUUUGCAAUAUUAAGCGGCCAGGGAGAAGCACUUAAUAUAGAUCCCACGCGAUUUUAUAAUAAUCUUUAUAAAGAUUUGCUUACUACCACUGCUUCUUCAAAAAAAUCGGAUCAUAUUGAAAUCCUCUUGCGAACUUUAAAUGAUGCCCUGAUAAAACGGAGGAAAAAAAUUACAAAUAAAAGAACAAUCGGUUUUGUCAAAAGAAUAGCAACAUUAAGUUUGCAGCUGUUACAUGAUGGUAACUUAGGUUGUUUAGGAAUAAUUAGGAAUAUUAUGCAGUUAAAUAGGAAUGUUGAUGUAUUAUUGGAUUUAGACACAUCGGUAGGUGAAGGAAAAUUCCAAGCAGAAAUAGAUGAUCCAGAAUAUGCAAAUGCUUCUAGCACUGCUCUCUAUGAGAUGAUACUUUUAACAAAACAUUAUCAUCCAAUUGUAAAUCGAUUUGCAAGAAAUAUUGCAAACGGUGCAGUAGCUACCGGUGAGGGCAGUUUACCUGGAGAAUAUGCAAAAUGGUCAGCUGAGCAACUUUACUCUGAAUUCAAUAUGUCAGAAAUGGCCUUCAAUCCAGCUGUACCUAUUCCAAAAAAGGCACAACCAAAGUCUAGGCCAAAAGUAAUACAAUUUCAUGAUAGCUUGUUUGAAAGCAACUGUAAAAAAAUAUUAAAACAAACGAGAAAAAGAAAACACGACCUUGAAUUUUUUAUAAGUUGAAUAGGUGUGAUUUUUAAAAUAAGUAUGAUUUUGUAAAGUUUGUUUGACACAUUAAACUAUUUUU